AUGUCCCGAAAAAUCCCUGUAUUUUUGGUGGUCCUCUGUGUUUUGCUGCUGAGACCCUCCUACUGUAGAGGCAGUAACAUUCUAGUGGUGCCUGUUGAUGGCAGCCAUUGGAUCAACAUGAAGAUUAUCCUCGAACAGCUUCACUCCAGGGGUCACCAAAUCACAGUUCUGCAUUCUGAAGAGAGCUGGUACAUCUCCAGAAACUCCACCUUCUAUACCUCCAUCAAUAUUCCAACGAUAGGCACUGCCGAUGACCAAAACAUGUACAUUCAAUUUAUGCAAGAUAACAUGAACUGUCGCCGUUAUCCCGCAUUUAUUCGCUCGUUUUGCCUACAGAAAGAGAUCAUAUCCAUGUUAGGAGGAGCUCAUGAGAUUCUGGCCAAAUCAGCUGAACAAAUUUUGGACGACUCCCUGUUAAUGAAGAAGUUACAGGAUUCUAAGUUUGACUUAAUGUUGACGGACCCUGCUCUGUCUUUAGGAGUUAUUUUGGGUAAUUACCUCAAACUGCCGAUGGUUUUGAACGUGCGCUGGAUUAAUAUAGGAGAAGGCCAUACGACUGUAGCUCCCUCGCCUGUCUCCUUUGUCCCUGUACCAGGAAGUGAACUUCACGAUCAAAUGGAUUUCAUAGAUCGGACAAAGAAUUUGUUGCACUAUGUUUACAACGUUUAUGCAGAGUACUUUAUUAUUAACCCUUCCUACUCAAAACUGUUUGAGCGUCACUUCCCUCCUGGGACUGACUUAUUGUCUUUAGAGCUUUCAGCUGAUAUCUGGUUGUUCAGGACAGAUUUUGUCUUUGAGUUCCCGCGGCCCACCAUGCCCAAUGUGGUCUACAUUGGAGGGUUCCAGUGCAAAGAGGCCAACCCCCUCCCUGCAGAGUUGGAGGCUUUCAUGCAGAGUUCUGGGGAACACGGAGUGGUCGUCAUGUCUCUGGGGAGUUUGGUGUCACUUCUUCCACCUGAGGUCACUGAGGCUAUAGCUGCUGCUUUCGCUCAGCUCCCUCAAAAGGUCAUUUGGAAGUUUGAUGGUGAGAAGCCUCCCUCUUUGGGAAAUAACACCCUACUGGUGAACUGGUUGCCCCAAAAAGAUCUCCUGGGACACCCCAAGACCCGUGCCUUUGUAGCCCAUGGAGGGACCAAUGGGAUGUAUGAGGCUAUCUAUCAUGGUGUUCCUGUUCUGGGUAUGCCCCUGAUGUUUGAUCAGUUUGAUAACAUGCUCCGACUGAAAGUCCGUGGCGCAGCUCGGAUGGUGGAGGUCAGAUCUCUGACCAAAGAGAACUUCCUGGAGGCUUUAAAUGACAUUUUAGAAAAUCCAUCGUACCACAAGAACAUUCAGCACCUCUCUAGUUUGCAUCAUGACCAACUAGCAUCUCCCUUGGACACAGCCAUCUUCUGGAUCGAGUACGUCAUCAGGAACAAAGGAGCUGCCCACUUGAAGUCCGCAGGUUUCAGCCUGCCUUGGUAUACCUACUUCUGUCUGGAUGUGGCUGCCAUUUUGAUGGCCAUAACUGGAACCUUCAUCUGGGGUUUAGUCCUGGUCUGUAGGUGUCUCUGCUGCCGGAGGUUCAGGAAAAAGAUGAAAGCAGAAUAACUGGAAAACUGAGUUCAGACUUCUUCAAGUAUGCACUAAUUAACUAGUUCUACCAACAUUCCUGUUUCAUGUUGUAUUCUUAAGAAGAAAAAAAAACCCAUACAACUGCAAAAAAUAAAUAAUUAAAUAAAUAAGUGAAAUUGUUUAUUUUAGACACAGAGAACCAGAUUAUAACACAAAAAUGCUUUUGCCAAAGAUGCAGCGGACACACAUUUUGAAGUGUUCAUUGUAUUCAUUUUACCUUGAUCGUUUGGUUCCAGUUUUAAACUAAGCCACUGUGUCCUCACACCUGCCCUACUCAGGGACAUGAUGAAAUCAGGUUUUAGGUUUUCCCUUGUUUUAACUGCCUAUACGAUGCUGUGUAACCAGUAGACUGUUGUGUCCAAUAAAAUAAAAACCAUAG